AUGGAGUCCUACGUGGUGAGCUGUAAAUACGCUGAGCCGCAGUUCCCGCCUUGUGAAGAAGAUUACAGUAAUUUUAGUGAGCAAGGGGGGUAUUACAACAACCCUCAGGACAGUGGGAGUUAUGGAGGAACAUAUCAUCCAACAUACACACCACAACAACCCGGUUAUCACUCUCUGCAGGGGCGCCGCCGGGAGGAUGGAGAGGACCAGGCGCUGCACCAAGGUGCGCCAUUACGCACCGGCUACAGGGAGGCAGAGGUGCCCGGGAAGGAGGCCCGGUUCUCGGUGGGGGAGCUGCAGUGCCAGGCCUGGAUGACCUGUACAAAACCCGCUCAGGUGCAGAGGAAAACGGCCUGCCAGGGGAAGGACAAGCCGCCUAUUGUUGUCUACCCGUGGAUGAAGAAAGUGCACAUCGCUCAUGUUAAUCCCAACCACACGGGCCCGGAUCCAAAGCGCAUGCGCACGGCCUACACGCGCCAGCAGGUGUUGGAGCUCGAGAAGGAGUUCCACUUCAGUCGGUACCUAACGCGCCGCCGCCGUGUGGAGGUGGCCCACGUGCUCUGUCUGAGCGAGCGGCAGGUAAAGGUGUGGUUCCAGAACCGGCGUAUGCGCUGGAAGAAGGACAACAAGCUACCCAACACCAAAGGACGGAGCAAGAACAAGAAGGCGGCGGAAAUCAAUAACAACAACACUAAUGACACUAAUAACAACAACAACAACAGUGAUAGUACCGCAAAGGCGUCGAAGACCGCCUGAAGACAGGAGAGAAAUGUGGGUACAUAUUUAUCCACCAUUAUGAUUCUUUUGAAAUCUCUUUCAUGCGGUUAUUUUUUGCUUCACACUUCUACAGUUGACCGAAUGUUGUUUGCAGUUCAAAGGAAUUGCAAUCGAGGACAUGUAAACAAUACGAGAAUGCUAUUUGUAUGAAAAGACGUCAACAAAUCUCAAGCAUACAGAACUGACAUUUGAGGAAGGAAAUGCGCGUAAAAGUGCAUUCAGAUCCACAAAAACAAGCUAAUGUGUUUCUCGUGUACAUAUCCUCCGUUUGACUAAAUGUUCUGAUUCAAGACGUUCUUUCUGUCAAUAUUUUUUAAAGUGUACAUGUUCUGUUACCAAAUGCUAUUCAAACGGUAUGUUUGGCGCAUUAGCUCUCCAAAACUGCAAAUGCUAAACGGAUCCAGGGUGCUUUAAAGCAGGAUAUCCGUCUAUAGGGGUUUACAAAUUUGCUUUAUAUUCCAACUUUUAAAUGUUGAUAAAUAUGAUGUUAUGAAAAGAAUGCAUCUAAUUGUAGUCUGAUAUUUAAUUAAUUGAGUCUUUAGGUUAGCUAACCUCCAGUGGUCUCACAUUUUUAGACUUCCGGUUUGUAGGGGUGAACGGUGCCAUGGUUGGUUGGAGAGUCUUUUGGAGAAAACAGGGUUUUAUUUCCACAGGGUAAACAUAUUACAGGGUUUUUUUAUAAUAGCUACCUAAAAGAGAAAAUAGCCUAACUUAUGAAAAUGCACAUUACCAAAAUGUUGUUUGGCGCUUAAAGGAGAAACACAUUGACAUAGUGGCUGACUUGCAGUGAAGUUCGUCAAAUAAUGUUUUACUUUGUACAGAAACAUCCAAAAACAAUGCAAUGUUUGUAGGAUAAGAAGCCAUAUCGUGCAGAUUAUCUCCAAAGGUGAAUUCACUUGUUUUUAUUUUGCGGGGGAAACUCAUACAUCUUCACGCACAAGAAAUAAAUAAAUUGGAGUUGGAGGUUUUUAAAUGCACGACGCUGACUGUAAAUCCAAAGUGUUUCCUCAGGGUUACAGGGUUUUAAUAAACACGACUUUCUGAAGCUUUUGUUGUUUGUUUUUAGCACCGAGAGGUUUCCAAAUGACCCUCUUUUAAAUAACGAAAUGGUGCAUUUUUUAAAUGAUAUGUCCUCGCUUUGAUUCCAGUUUAAUAUGCUAUCGUUUUGUAUUAGCCUACGCCAGUACUUAUUUUUAUUUGUAUUACUUAGAAACAUAUUGUAUUCUUAGCAGCAAGCCUCUCUGUUAUAUUUUGUAUGUUGGUAAUCUUUGGGAAGAAAACAAGAAAAACUCUUCGUGUACGAAUUUUAUAUGUGCAAAUGUUUUUGAUAAGAUAUU